AUGAAGAAGCGAUUCAGCUUCUGGAGGAAGAAGAAUGAGUCCCACAGCCGCAGCUCAGACCUGUCCAUAAGUGUGGUCAGCACCUCCUCAGAGCCAUACACAAGCGGGGGCUACCAUCUUCCAGAUAAGCACUUAAAGAAGCUUCACAAAGCUGCUUCAGCCGGGGAUUUAGGGAAGUUGAAGGAGUACCUGCAGCACAAGAAACAUGACGUGAACUUGCGGGACAAAUGUCACAGAACACCAUUGCAUCUGGCCUGUGCUAACGGAUAUGCAGAUGCUGUAUGUCUCUUAAUUGAGAAACAAUGCAAAAUCAAUGUCCAGGACAGUGAAAACAGAUCCCCAUUGAUUAAGGCAGUACAGUGUCAGAGGGAGACUUGUGCUACUAUUCUUCUAAACCACGGUGCUGACCCGAACCUGGUGGACUGCCAUCAUAAUACUGCUCUCCAUUAUGCUGUUUGUGGACAAAGUGUCUCAUUAGUUCAAAACCUGCUUGAACACAAAGCUAAUCUAGAAACUAAAAAUAAGGAUGGAUAUACUCCACUUCUACUUGCUGUUGCUGAAAAUAAUGCAAAUAUGGUAAAAUUCCUUCUGAAGAAAGGGGCAGAUGUGAAUGCUUCAGAUAAGAAUCAAAGAACAGCCCUUAUGAUUGCUCUCAGUAUCGAACCAACAAGUUUAGUAAGUCUUCUUCUUCAGCAAAAUGUGGAUCUAUCUUGUCGAGAUAUUUAUGGAUUCACAGCUGGUGAAUAUGCUUCUUUUAAUGGUUUUACCAGAUAUCAUCACUUAAUAGCCAAUUAUGGAAAGUGUAUGAAAGCUGAACAAACACCUUACUCUGAAGAUACAACUAUGUAUGACACUUGUGGAAUAGAAGAGCUGAAGAAAGGAGCAGUUGUGGCCCCCCCGCCCCUUCACCUCCUGGGAACACUUGGCAAUGUCUGGGCUGGAGAGAUUUUUGUUGUGAACACUGAGGAGAAUGCUGCUAAAUAUUCUAUGCUGCAGGAUAGUGUGCACAACAAAUCAUUAUCUGGUUGA